ACUGGGUCAAUGUGAAAAAAAUGAGUUGAUUGUCUGAACUACGACAACUGUCGAACUUCUGCCGUCAUUUUUUUAUUAAAUAUUAAUCUUGGGAGAAGCGUUACAAUCAUUCUCAAGCAUUUAUUUCAAAUGAACUUAAAACUAAAAAAAGCAUAAGUAUUACAUUAAUACAGUGGGUGUAUUCUAUUUUAAACGCUACUACGACAUCUAAUACCAAAUUUUGAAAACUUAACCAAUAUCCUUGAAAAUGUGGGUGGCGAAGAGCUUCAAUCUUACAGCGGCAUACCAAUGAUUUUAAAAUUAACCGGAGAUCUAUGGAAAAUUGUAAAUCCGAAAAAGAAUAUUGAAGAUCAAAUUGUGGAAGAAAUCAAUAAAUUUUUACAAAAUUAUCAUCAAAUGGAAGCAAAGAUUUUCGAAUAAAUGAAUGCAUCAUCGAUGCAUAUAUCGAUUGAUUCCAUAAAAUCAAAACUUUCAAAUGUAUUCAAUGGUGUCAACAGUUUGGGAACAAACAUAACUUAUCAAUUGAGUGAUCUUCUUAAGGGGGAAGAAAAUAUACAAAGUCUUAUGUCAAAUCGUUUUCAUGAAGCUCUACUUGAGCUCAAUACUUCGAUAGAAUUACGUGAAACAUUCGAAGAAAUGAUUAAUGAAAUGACAUUCAGAUUACACAAGAACCUUAAAUUGAACGAACUGAUUACAUUGGUGGACGACAUGGACAAACAAGUUGAGCAAUUAACACUCGACAAAUUGCCAAAGGACGCUUUUGUUCAACGAGCUGUUAACUCUUCUUCGGACGGUGGAACCAUAGUAGCAAUGCUUAAUAGAAUUCGUGCAAUUGCCACAAAUAACAUAUUUUCGGAUGAUGCAGACACUUCACUAAAUCAAUAUCUAAAGGUAGUUUAAGAUACAAUACGUAGUAUCAACAUUGUAGUUAAUUUAAGGUUAAAUGAUGAUGAAUUGUGAAAUUUCUUGGAAUAAAUUUGAAUAUAUGAUUUGAAAUCAUU